AUCGUUGACGUUAAAAAAAAGGAAAAAAUUGCAAUGCAAAAAUGUAAUCCUGAACAUAUUGUACUCAUAUCAGCAUUCAAAAACGGAGAGUUUGACAAUGCAAGUGAAAUUUUGGCGCGCGAUCACGAAAAUAAAUACGUAGGUCCAUUAGGUGUCCUUCAAAUCACAGCCCUGCAGAUGGCUGCGUGGCAAGGAAACGUAGAUCUGUUGAACCAACUUCACGGAAGAGGCGCCGAUAUAAACAGCAUAGAUAAAAUUGGUAGGUGCGCACUUUAUUACGCGGCGUACAGCGGUAAUACUGAGGUGAUAAAAUGGCUUCUUGAACAUGGAGGAGAUGUCGACAUCAAAAUCGGUAUCUACUCGUCUGAGACCAACAUCCCUAAUGAUGUAGACACCGCGAACAUACAAUAUAGCCCGUUAAAAAGACCGUUGCCAAUACCCGACUGCAAGGGAAGAACACCCUUGCAUUAUGCAGUGGAAAAUAAUCACGCAGACGUUGUGCGCAUUUUAGUAGAAAGAGGAGCAGAUGUGAAUGUUGAAGACGAGGACCGGAUUACCCCGUUGCUCUUAGCAGGAAGCGCGAUGAAUCGCACCAAUCGCACUGAGAUGAUUAACAAGUUCGUCAAGAUCGUUAAAAUUUUAGUCGACGCAGAGGCGUCUGUUAACGCUAUUCAUCCGGAAACGGGUAACACUGCUCUGCACCGUGCGGUAAAGUUAGACAGUGCAGAAGCAACGAUAUUGUUAAAAGAUGCACGGCCGGAUAAAUGCAACAACUCCGGAGCUACGCCUGUUCAUAUUGCCGCGAAUAGAGGAAAUAUUGAAACACUAAGGAUUCUACUUGAAGCAAUAUCAUCCGAUGUUGAUAAACCUGAUAAGUUAACAAUACCCGACUGCUGGGGAAGAACACCCUUGCAUUAUGCAGUGGAAAAUAAUCACGCAGACGUUGUGCGCGUUUUAGUGGAAAGCAGAGCGGAUGUGAAUUUUAAAGACAAUCAUCAGAUCACCCCGUUGCUCUUAGCAGGAAGCGCGGUGCAUCGCACCAGUCGCACUGAGACGAUUAACAAGUUCGUCAAAAUCGUUAAAAUUCUAGUCGACGCAAAGGCGUCCGUCAACGAUUCUGAUCCGAUUACAGGUAACACUGCUCUGCACCAUGCGGUAAUGCUAGGCAGUGCAGAAGCAACUAAGAUAUUGUUAAAAGAUACACGGUUGGAUAACUACGACAAUUGCGGGAAUACGCCUCUUCAUAUCGCCGCGAAUACAAAGAAUAUUGAAAUACUUAACAUUCUACUUGAAGAAAUGUCACACGAGUACAUUGAUAUACGCAAUCAGGACAAUCAUACCGCUCUUCAUAGAGCAAUUUAUCACGGUCAUCACGAGUGCAUAAAAGCUUUGAUCAGAGGUGGAGCUAAUUUAGCUGCCGAAAUAGUCACGGGAUUUACCGGCGUGAAUGAUAUAUUUAGUCAUUUUGCGGAACCAAUCGACUUUUUAACAGACGUCUUGAAUUCUUGCGUACAAAGUCUUGCAACCGAUAAUUCUCCUUCAAAGAAAAUCGAGAGUAUCAUUGUCGACUUCGGUAUAUUGGCUCCAAGAGAAGAGACGCAAAUGGCAGUAGUCGCAGCCAUUAUUGACGCAGUUUUGUAUAAAGAACAACUGGCAAUAUUACAGCAUCCUGUUGUGGAGACCUUUGUCAGAUUAAAGUGGGAGAAAACAAGAAUAUUUUUGUUUCUUUUUAUACUCAUAUUCUUGUCCUUUGUUAUUUUUCUCUCAAACAACGUCUUAAUAUUUGCACAUAAUGAUGCUGAUUACGUAGUGACUCGAAGAAUCGUAGCAAUCUAUUCUUGCAUUCUUUUGCUUCAAAAUAUAUUUCAAGUUAUACCAGAAUCAAAGAAUUAUUUAAAAUUAGAAACAUUGUUGUCAUUUAUAUGCACCAUACUAUCCUUGACAACGAGACAACUAUUCUUGAUAGCGGGAAGGUUCAUAAACUGUUCAAAGGAAGAAACCGAGUCUGGGCAUUGGAUAGACUCGGUGCUACAUUUCAUCAGCAUCGCAGUCUUGCUGAGUUGGAUGCAAAAGAUGUUGUUAGUUACCCAAGUUCUAAUGUGGGACAAUUAUCCGCUCAUGUUUUACACGGUGUUGAUGAACAUUCUAAAGGUUCUCUCAACAUUUCGCUGCUGGAUUAUUGGAUUUGUAUUAAGUAUUGCCGUUUUGUAUCACGGAAACGAUCAAUUUCACAAUUUCUGCAGAUCUAUCAUAAAACCUGUAGUAAUUAUGAUGGGCGAGAAGUUGUUUAAAAUUGAAAACGGUGGUAGUACUUCGCUAUCAGUCAUAAAUGGAAUCGUGUUCAUGGUCUCCGUCAUGUUCGCCAGUAUCGUUCUGAUUAAUCUCAUCAACGGUCUGGUGGUCAACGACGUUCAAGGUCUUGAGAAAAAGGGCCACAUGCGUCGAUUAUUGCAACAAGUGGAAUUUGUCGCACAUCUAGAAAGAGUGAUGAAAUAUCGAAUUUUUCGCAGCAAGUGGCUACAUCAUCGCUUAAGAAAUCUACUGAGCUCGAAAGGCAUAAUAGAUACAAAAAUUACGCUGCUUUAUAAUAACAAACAUAUACAACAUAGGAUUUAUCGUUGGAAGCCUCAGAAGAUUCCGGAUCAUCUAAAAGAAGCUUUAUUUUUGUUAGCCAAGAAAUCUUUCAAGAACAAUAAUUCAGCAGACAAAAAUAUAAAAAUUGACGAUACAAUCUUAACCCAAGUGGUACGUAAAACAAUAUAAUAAUGUCUUAAAAUUGCGUGAUUUAAUUUUCAAUCUAAAUGAUAUGUAUUUAAGAAAAAUGUAUGAAAUCUUUAUGUCGUACCAAUUGUAAAAAGAAUAAUGUAUUGCUUUAUGGAAUAAAUAAUA